AUGUGUCGCCAAUACUUUACCCUUUACGAAUGGUGCCACUGCGAAGAAGACGCAGGAACCAGCGUUUGCUCAGGCCACCGACGGAACAGCUGUCCCGGAAUCAGCAUUGAGACGGUGCACAUGCACUGCUUUUGCAACUCGCACGCUACACGCGGGUUCAAGACGCAGAAGCAGACGAACAAGGACGAGGAGAAGGUGAGACGCCGGUCUCAGGAUUCUAUGGAUGAGAAGGCUUCUCUUGGAAGAAGGUGGUUUCAGUGGUAUCAGUGGAGGAUGCCAAAGUUGAAGUAG